AUGUUCGUUUCCCAGGGACUUUUUGUUGUUGCGCUUUCCAUCUUUGAAUCUUCCGCUGCCUAUGAAUUUGGCAAAAGACAAGCGACAUUAUCUUUAUGUCCCACUCAGGAGACUAUUACUGUCACUGCCUCAGAAUGUCCAAUCUUCUCUUCUUCUGCACCUCCCAGUAGUGGUGUGUAUUCGACUCCCGGCUUCACAUCCGCCUCCACUAGCUCUGAGAUUCUAGCCAGUACAUCGGCAUCCAGCAGUGGAGCUGCUACUUACACGAGUCCUACUCCUGUCUCUUCAACUGAAUUUUCCACGCUAGUAUCAUCAUUCUUGGGUACCCUUUCUGCUACCGAAAGCUUGGUAUCUUCAUCGUUCUCUUCUGAACCUUCGCUUUCAUCAACCAGUAUUGUCAUUUCUGUAACGACAUCUGAGAUUUCUUCGAUAAUUACGGAAGGAUCCACUUCAAUUCCAGCUUACACUUCGAGCAGUGCUGUUGUUUCAGAGCCCUCUUCUUCGGUGAUCCAGACCUCAGUUGAAUCUUCCGCGGAAGUCUCUUCCGCCUACGUCACGCCUACAUUAUCAAAUAGCAUAUCUGUAUCAUCUGUGCCAGUUUCCUCCGAAUCGACAAGCGUUCCGGAGCUAUCGAUGUCAACCUUGGAACCAAGUAGUAUUAUCCAAAGCGAAAGUUCUAUAUCUGCUUCCCUCACAUCCGCUGAACCUAGCACUUCAAUUGGAUUUUCCUCAGCUUCGAGCUUGAUUCCUAGUACCGCAGCUUCUACCACAUACACUCUACUACCCUCUUCCUCAUUCAUAACUUCAUCCCUUCCUUCCUCUGCAGCCACAUCGACAAGCAUAUACACAGUAACUUCUUCCGCACCUCUACCCUCCAUUUCAUCUAUCACAAUAACCACAACCGUUAUCAGUACAGUUGGAGGCCAAACCACGACCGUUUUAUCAACAUUUACACAAGCCACUACUGUCGCAACGACCAUCAUAACCACCGUUCAAGUACCAACUACCGUGGUUAGCCUAGGGACCACAACUGUUAUACAAUAUACUACUGUGUCACCUCCAGCCUGCACUAUCCAUCCUACAUUGAUCAAUGGUGGAUUCGAAAGUGGAAAUGGUAUCGAGCCUUUUGAAGCAGUGGCUACGGGGCCCAAUGCGCCUAGUUAUACCACUGCGGCCGUUCCUCAUAGCGGAUCUACUAGUUUAGAGUUACUUUUCUUCCCAUCAUCCUCAGCCACCUCAUACAUCACUCUAACCCAAACCGUGUCCGCCUGUCCUUCGUACAACUAUCUCCUGACCGGUUACGUGAAAGCAAGUAAUAACCUUAGCAUCAAUCCAUCGUCCAAUUGCUACAUCUAUCUUCAAACCCCCACACAGUCCUCCCUCACUACCCUCAUCAAUUCCUCCACUUACCCUGGCUGGAGCAUGAUCUAUCUCUUCUUCACUGCUCCCGGAAGCGUUGGAGAUGGAGUGCAGAGUGUACCUUUGACGGUGCAUUCUUACUGUGAUAGCGGGGCUGCCGAUUCACCGGGAUUGUACGUCGAUGAUCUUGUUGUUAGCGGGUAAUGGUCUGAAGACAGUGAGAAGGAUGCGAGUUAUUGGUGGUUGGUUUGAAUGGAGGAAGGAGAAUGGGAAGUGGGAGACAUAAAUUGGAAAAGUCUUUUUUUUUGUUUAAUUAUUGUAUUGGUGCGUGGUUCAGAGAUUGUACGAGUAUGAGAGGGAGCGUGUAAUGUUAG